AUGGACUGUAUUAGCAUAAUCCUUGGAGCAUUAUUUCUGGUUAUUGGUGGAUGGUGGUCAUACAAAGUGGUCCAGAAAAGGAAGAGGUUGAAACAAAAGGAGAAGUUCUUCCAACGAAAUGGUGGACUGUUGUUACAGCAACAAUUAUCUACAAGGGAAGCACAUAUUCAAAAUAUUAAAUUGUUUACUUUGAAAGAUUUGGAGCUGGCCACUAACUGUUUUAGUGGAAAUGGAAUACUUGGGCGUGGAGGACAAGGCACCGUCUACAAAGGCAUCUUAGCAGAUGGAAGAAUUGUUGCAAUAAAAAAAUCCAAGGCGAUGGAUGAAGAAAAAAUCCAAGAAUUCAUUAAUGAAGUUGUCAUUCUUUCACGAAUUAAUCAUAGGAAUGUGGUUAAACUUCUCGGAUGUUGUUUGGAGAUAGAAGUUCCAAUGCUAGUCUAUGAAUUUAUUCCUAAUGGAACUCUUUCCCAAUACCUCAACGAUCAAAAUGAAGAGUUUCCACUAACAUGGGAUAUGUGUUUACGAAUUGCCACAGAAGUUGCAGCAGCUCUCUUUUACAUGCACUCAAUGGCUUCAUCACCUAUUUAUCAUCGAGACAUUAAAUCUGCAAACAUACUCUUAGAUGAAAAGCUCAAAGCGAAAGUAGCAGACUUUGGAAUUUCAAGAUCUGUUGCUAUUGAUCAAACUCACUUAAGCACUCUAGUGCAAGGAACUUUUGGAUACAUGGACCCUGAAUAUUAUGGAUCAGGUCAAUUUACAGAAAAAAGUGAUGUUUAUAGUUUUGGUGUUGUUCUUGCUGAGCUCUUAACAAGAGAAAAGCCGAUCUCUUCAACAAGGACAUCAAAAACCAAAGGUUUAGCCACGUAUUUUAUUACUUCAUUGGAAGAGAAUAAUUUAUUUGCUAUCAUUGAUAAUGGAAUCUUGAAGGAGGCUAAGAAAGAAGAGAUCAUUGUGGUAGCUAACCUUGUAAAAAGGUGCUUGUCCAUGAACAGAAGGAAUAGACCGACAAUGAAAGAAGUUACAAUGGAGUUGGAGGUAGUUCAAAUGUUGCGAAAAGACUCCAUUCCUGUUCAAAAUUAUGAAGAGGUGGAAAUUGUCAGAACUGAUCAAAUUUAUGGCAAAUGCGAUGCUGCUAAUUUCUACCUAAAAAAGAAAGGUAUGGAUCUCGAUGUAGGCUCAUCUUUGAAUUCCUAA